CCCGCCCGGGAACAACCUGCUGCGCGCCGCUCCCCGCGCCCCUCACCCGCUUGGGUGGGUGCGGGGUGACUGCCCCUCCGCAGGGGAGCGGCGGCGUGUCCUCCUCCUCCGGGCAGGAUGGUGGACCUGGACAGCGAAGUGCCCCCGCUCCCCCCGCGGUACCGGUUUCGGGACUUGCUGCUGGGCGACCAGGGCUGGCAGAGCGACGACAGGGUGCAAGUUGAAUUCUAUAUGAAUGAAAAUACAUUUAAAGAGAGACUAAAGCUCUUCUUCAUCAAAAACCAAAGAUCAAGUCUGAGAAUACGAUUAUUCAAUUUUUCUCUCAAGCUACUGAGCUGUUUUUUAUACAUAGUUCGUGUGCUCCUGGAUGAUCCUACACAAGGACUUGGAUGUAAGGACUUAAACCGGAGUUGUUCCAAUCAAAACUACACCCCUGGAACGAUUGAUUGGUCUCCAAUUAUUUGGGUGAAUCGAAGCUUGCCUUUAUGGGGACUACAGGUUUCUGUGGCUUUAAUAAGUCUCUUUGAAACUCUGUUGCUAAGUUAUCUAAGCUACAAGGGAAAUAUCUGGGAACAAAUUCUGAGAAUACCUUUUCUCUUGGAAGUAAUUAAUGCUGUCCCUUUCAUCAUCACGAUUUUCUGGCCAGUCCUAAGAAACCUGUUUAUUCCUGUAUUUUUAAAUUGUUGGCUGGCAAAGCAUGCUUUAGAGAAUAUGAUUAAUGAUCUUCAUAGAGCCAUCCAACGCACACAGUCUGCAAUGUUUAACCAAGUCCUCAUUUUAAUAUCUACCUUACUAUGUCUUAUCUUCACCUGUAUUUGUGGAAUUCAGCAUCUGGAACGAGCAGGAAACAGGUUGACUCUCUUUGACUCCCUUUAUUUCUGCAUAGUGACAUUUUCCACUGUGGGCUUUGGGGAUGUUACACCCAAGAUAUGGCCUUCAAAGCUGCUUGUUGUCAUUAUGAUCUGUGUUGCUCUUGUGGUGUUGCCCAUACAGUUUGAACAGCUGGCAUAUUUGUGGAUGGAGAGACAAAAGUCCGGUGGUAACUACAGUAGACAUAGAGCUCAAACAGAAAAACAUGUUGUGCUGUGUGUUAGCUCUCUGAAGAUUGACUUACUUAUGGAUUUCUUAAAUGAAUUCUAUGCUCACCCCAGAUUGCAGGACUAUUACGUUGUUAUUUUGUGUCCUACUGAGAUGGAUGCUCAGGUCCGAAGGGUGUUACAAAUCCCAAUGUGGUCCCAAAGAGUUAUCUAUCUGCAAGGCUCAGCACUAAAAGACCAGGACCUGUUGAGAGCUAAAAUGGAUGAUGCUGAAGCUUGUUUCAUUCUGAGUAGCCGCUGUGAAGUGGACCGGACAGCAGCUGAUCAUCAAACUAUUUUAAGAGCAUGGGCAGUUAAAGACUUUGCUCCAAAUUGUCCUUUGUAUGUCCAAAUACUGAAACCUGAGAAUAAAUUCCACAUCAAGUUUGCAGAUCAUGUUGUGUGUGAAGAGGAAUUCAAAUAUGCUAUGCUAGCUCUAAACUGUAUAUGCCCAGCUACCUCUACAUUAAUCACACUGCUAGUUCAUACAUCUAGGGGACAAACAGCUCCAUGGGAAGCUUUUAGACAACUAACUGGAACCAAGCAGACUUUAAACAGGGAGAGUCAGCAAUCACCAGAACAAUGGCAGAAAAUGUAUGGCAGAUGCUCUGGUAAUGAAGUGUAUCAUAUUAACCUGGAAGAAAGUACUUUUUUUGCUGAGUAUGAGGGGAAAAGCUUCACAUAUGCUUCUUUCCAUGCACAUAAAAAGUUUGGAGUCUGUCUGAUUGGUGUUAGAAAGGAAGAUAACAAAAACAUUUUGCUGAAUCCAGGUCCUCGAUAUAUCAUGAGUUCUACAGAUAUAUGCUUUUAUAUAAAUAUCACCAAAGAAGAGAAUUCUGCUUUUAAGAAGCAAGAAAAGCAUAGAAAAAGCCAUGAAUCAAAAUUAUCUUACCAUGGAGCUUCUAGGUUACCUGUACACAGUAUAAUAGCCAGCAUGGGGACAGUGGCUAUUGAUCUGCAAGACACAGGAUGCCGCCCGCCCAGCGCGCCCACGCUGGCUCUUCCCUCCGAGGGAGGUAAAGAGGGCAGGCGGCCCAGCAUAGCGCCCGUUUUGGAGGUUGCUGACUCAUCCUCACUUCAGACCUGUGACCUGCUAAGUGACCAGUCUGAAGAUGAAACCAUCCUAUCAGAUGAUGAAGUCUCUGCAGGCUUAGAGUAUGCCAAAGGCUACCCUCCUUACUCUCCAUAUAUCGGAAGCUCUCCCACAUUUUGUCAUCUUCUGCAUGAAAAAGUACCCUUCUGUUGUCUAAGACUAGAUAAGGGUUGCCAACAUAACUACUACGAGGAUGCCAAAGCCUAUGGAUUUAAAAAUAAAUUGAUUAUAGUUGCAGCAGAAACUGCUGGAAAUGGCUUAUAUAACUUUAUUGUUCCACUCAGAGCUUAUUACCGACCAAAGAAAGAACUAAACCCCAUUGUAUUACUCCUAGAUAACCCGCCAGAUAUGCAUUUUCUGGAUGCAAUCUGUUGGUUUCCAAUGGUUUACUACAUGGUGGGCUCUAUCGACAACCUAGAUGACUUAUUAAGAUGUGGGGUCACGUUUGCAGCUAAUAUGGUGGUGGUGGACAAAGAAAGUACAAUGAGUGCCGAGGAAGACUACAUGGCAGAUGCGAAGACUAUUGUAAAUGUUCAAACACUCUUUAGGUUGUUCUCAAGCCUAAGCAUUAUCACAGAACUAACUCACCCAGCCAAUAUGAGAUUCAUGCAGUUCAGAGCCAAAGACUGCUAUUCUCUUGCUCUAUCCAAAUUAGAAAAGAAAGAGCGGGAGAAAGGAUCUAAUCUGGCAUUUAUGUUUCGACUGCCUUUUGCUGCUGGCAGGGUUUUCAGCAUCAGUAUGUUGGACACGCUGCUCUAUCAGUCAUUUGUGAAAGAUUAUAUGAUUUCUAUCACAAGACUUCUGCUGGGACUUGAUACCACACCAGGAUCUGGGUUUCUUUGUUCUAUGAAAAUCACAGAAGAGGAUCUAUGGAUUAGAACAUAUGCCAGACUAUAUCAGAAACUUUGUUCUUCUACAGGAGACAUUCCAAUUGGAGUUUACAGGACAGAAUCCCAAAAACUUACAACAUCCGAGUCACGAGAAAUGGCUUCACAAUCUCAGAUCUCUAUCAGUGUGGAAGAAUGGGAAGACACUAAAGACACCAAAGAACAGAAUAGUUAUCGUAGUAAUCAUCGUAACUCAACAUCUAGUGAUCAGUCAGAUCAUCCUUUGUUACGAAGAAAAAGCAUGCAGUGGGCCCGGCGGCUGAGCAGAAGAGUACCAAGACACUCUGGUAAAACAGCUGAGAAGAUAAACCAGCAGCGAAUGAACCUUUACAGGAGGUCAGAAAGACAGGAGCUUGCUGAACUUGUGAAAAACAGAAUGAAGCAUCUGGGCCUUUCUCCAGCAGGAUAUGAUGAAAUGAAUGAUCAUCAGAACACCCUUUCUUACAUCCUGAUCAAUCCUUCUCCAGAUACAAGAUUAGAGCUGAAUGAUAUAGUAUACUUGAUCCGACCUGAUCCAUUGGCUUAUGUUCCAAAUACUGCCUCCAGCAGAAAAGACAGCUUCUGCAAUACAGUGGGACAAGACACCAGGGAGGAAACACAACUCUGACAUGUAACUCAUCACAAAAUUAAGAGACAAUUUUAUACAUGUAUUGUUUCAACUAACCAUUUUGAAAAUGGAGUGGUACAUUUUGUUCAGAUUUUGGAAACAAAAUGACAGUGGGUAAGUGUCCAAAUCUAGAAAAGUGGUGUCUUAGAAACUCUUAAUUUAAGGUAUUUUCAGGCUUGUGGCCUGCUCAGUAUGGUAGUUGAACAGUCAGCUCAACAGAAUUAUGACACCUCUUACUGUUUAACCAAUAUGAACAAAUUGUUUUUAAAGUGACAGAUUCCAUCACAUUUUGCUUAGAAGCAUCUAACUAUAUUUAUCAAGGUGACAGCAAGUCAGUGACUAAGCUCUAAGCUUCUGAUCUACAUCAGUAAAGAUUAUCUGCUGUCCCUAGGGGCACCAUGCAUAAUUUGUAGUAGAAGAUGUGUUAAUAUCUAAAGGUGCCAACAAGGUUUUGUGUGUCAAGAAUCCAGCCUUUGAGAAAAUGUUCAGUCUCAGCCUGUCACCCAUGAUCACUGGGACAGGCUACCUUCAGCCCCAUUUUAGCCUCCAGGACUCGACUGUUGGUUUACACAGAUCAGGUUGUAACCACACAGCUUCGUCACACCAUAGAGGUUAAGAACUGAGGCAUAUCAAAGGACCCCACCUGGAGGAAAGUCCCUAUCAUCUCACACAGGCAGCCACCCACAACUGCAAAACCUGGGAAGGUACUAUCUGUGUGAAGCUGCAAACAACGGUAGCUCAGGUGAAGUAUAAUACUUUUAACCAUAGUAAGUUUUUCAGUAGAAGCCUGAAUAGAUUAUGAUACAGAAGUGAGAGCAUCCUUCUAGGGAACGAUUCAUACCACAAGGUCUUUCAAUCUCCAAAACUAUGCCUGCAUAUGAACUCCACUGUCUAAGGCAUGUACAUGCCCAGUCAUUCAUAUUAUCCAAAUUCGAUACAUUUUCAUGUGAAAUUAUGUAUCACAUUGAAAAUUAAAGAAAUGCAUAGACCAUUCCAUGAAAGGAAUGUAAUACCACAUUACGUGAUGAGGCAUCAUAGAUUUAGAGACUCCCUUUGGCAUUAAGUACACAAGAAAGCACCUCCUGGUGUACAAAACAUCUGAAGUGCUACAGAAUGGCUAAGCUACAUGUACAAGAAUGCCACAGUUGGUCAAGCUUUAUACAAAAUUAAGCAUGCCUCUACAUGAGCUUACAAAAUGACAUUCUUUCUUUGCCAUCUGUCACAAAGGGGGAAGAACAUGCUUAAGGGAAAAACUCUACUGUUGCAAAUAUCCAUAUGGAACUGGUAGAAGAAAUUUGAAAAAAAAAAAGAAGUUGUUAUUCUUUUAAUUCCCUUGAUGUCCUACAUGUACAAAAGUUGACUCAAAAAUUGUUUAUAUAGAAUAUCUACAAGUUAUUUCUGAAAAAUACCAAGUUGCCCAGUGAACAACCAUGGAUGUGAGUAUGCUUAUCAGCAUUGUAAGGAUGUUGAAAUCAAAUCCCAUUCAUAUUAAGAAUGACAGCAAAUCUGCUAUUGUUCCCUCCUUCCCUCUUAGUUCUUCCAAAACUUAGUCACUUAAUAAGACAGAAAUCCUAAAGCCACAAUGAUGAAAAACCCGCAGAAGUCUCAGAGUGGACUGAAGCCAUCAGAAUACCAAGAGCACUAGAUUUAAAAGGAAAAAGGAUAACUGGAAAGUAGCAUUUCUCAACAAUUUUUUUAAAUUCACAAAUUGAAGUAGCAUCAUGGUUCAGAAGGGUUUCAGUGAUUCUGCAUAGUGUCCAUUAUUGCUCAGUGUUUUUCCACACACACACUAGUAAUUUAUCUAAUUAUUCACACAUAAAAACAAAGCAUUUCAAAUGUUCUCCCUGGGCACUUUGGAAACAAAGAAACAACUGCAACAGCUGUGCAGACUGAAGUCUACAGUGGUUUUUUUUUUAAAUCUCGUCCAGGAACUUGUCCAAGACCUGUCACAGAAGUUAUCCCAGAAGAGACUGCAUGUACAAUGUGAAUAACUUCUAUUUUUAUUGCUUUCAGUGAGAAGACUGCAUUCCAGUAGAGUAUUUAAAAAAACAAAAAACAACCCCCCAAAACAUCAAAAUAAAAAACCAAACAAGCACAAACAAAACAAAACAAGAAAACAAGUUUCUUAAGUGUUCCCCGCAAAAUAUUAGGAAGAUCCUUUGUUUCAUACUGCAGGCCUCUCUAAUUGAAUCUCAGGUAGGCAGACAGAAUUCCCAAAACAUGCCUACCCUUCACCUGGCAAGGGGGAUACUCUGCUUUCAGUGUGAUUCAUACCCUGUUCCCAGGCAUUUCCUGUGCACUGCCUGUAGUACCCACCACAGACUGAAGAACACUCCGUCACAAAGAUCUAUAGUUGGAGGACUUGAUGUCUCGCAUUUAACAGCCUAUAAAGCAGCAGAAACAAGUAAUCAAAUGUAUCCAUUUUCCCACCCAACUCAGCAAAAUUGUCCCUCAGCUGGAGUUGAAUAGUAGCAUGUAAUGUGACAAGGAUUAAUGAGUAUCUAAUUGAUCAUUAACCCCACAAGAUUUGCUAAAGCAAACACAAAGUCAGCUGGAAGCAGUUGCAGUCUCUAAAAUAAAUGAAAGGCAAUCUUUCUGAACAAAACUUUUGAUUCUCUUCAAAAUCUGCUGGAAGACAACCAAGGUAAUAAAACCCAACCCAACAACAGCUUCUUAAGAAGCAGUUCUAAUAACUCAUGCAUAAUAGAACACAAAGAUCUGUUAGUCAAAAUAUACUGCUUUUCGCAUUCAAAGCAGAACAGCUUUUUUUCCUCUGGCAGCAAAAGUGUAUCAGUGAAAUGUGGUGUUUCCUUAACUAUUCCAUUUCAAUUUCAGAACAUGCAUUAAUUCACAUAAAAAGUAGAAAGCAUACAGCUUGAGUUUUUAAAACCUGCAGUAGAAUGAGUUAGUGAAGUUUUGGGGAUAUUAUGACUUAAAAAUGAGCAGGUAUUUCCCAGCAUACAUAUUAUUAUACAUUUUUGUUUACAAAUUCACCAAUAAAAUGCUAAAGAACAAAUAGAUUUCAAACUUCAGCAGUGCAGGAAAACUGAAAUGACAGCAAGUGCACCAGAAGUAACAUAUACUUCUGUAGUUUCUAGGCAGCUAGGGCUGACAGCAACCACUCUAAUUUUGGAACACUGAUGCAUGGGGUUUUGAUGCAUUGAAUUUCACUUGAUAUCUGAGGGAAAUCAGUCACUAAAAUCUGGAAAUUAAUUUAUAAAAACAAGCAGCAUCAUGUAACGGCAUUGAGUUGUACAAGGUUAUAAAAAACACUUUUUGAAGACAGUGAUAUAAAUGCAGAAUUAUAAAAUAAAGCAACCUGAAUAAAA